AUGGAUCCAAAUAUAAACUCUCAAGGAUUACCACCAACUGAAUCCCUCGAUUCUUAUCAACCAUUUAAUUCCAAUCCAUCAUCAUGGCAAGAUUCUUCAUCUCAUUUUCGAGCACAAGGUCAUUAUCAAGGUCCUUAUCCAACAUCAAAUCCUCGAAUACGUCAACAUGGAGAAUUUCAACAACGGGGUCGAUAUUCAUACAAUAAACGUGGUGGUGGAUAUCGUCCACAAAAUCGAGAAUCAGAUAAUAAUUCAUAUCAAUCAACUACGACUAAUUAUUCUGAUCGUAAUUUUAAAGGAUUUUUUCGUUCAAAUAUGUUAGAAGAUCCUUGGGUUAAUUUAAAACCACAAAAAGUACCAUCUGAUGGUACAACAUUAGUAUUUGAUUCAACAAAUCAAUAA